GAGAUCGACAUAAAAUAAUGGGGUCGUGAAUCGUAGCUACCUGAUUGAAACAAUUCGUUGCUUUUUACCUGAUAUCUCAAGAAGUCAUCAACUACAUCUGUAAAGCAGGUUACUUAGUAACUAACCAAGAUCGUCAUUUGAUGAUCUCCGUUAUCUAGGUUUUUAUUGGUAGUGAGAUUCAUAACAGCAGUGAUGCCAAGGACUAGAUCCAGUAGUCGGUCUAGGAGUCCUGUGAGCAGAGGUUGGCGACCUGGAGAUAAGUCAUAUCGUUCAUCGUCUCGUGAGGAUGUCAAAUCAAAAUAUAAAAACGAUGAAAGUAGAAGGGACAGAGAACGUGAUAGCAAUAAAUAUAGAAAAUCCAAUGAUAAUCUUCGUUUGGACACUCGUAGAGAUAAGCAUCCAAACCGGGAUAGAUACCGACAGGAAGACAUAGAUAUAACUCGCAGGAAGAAUGAUCGUUCGGGAGAUCGUCUGGGAAACAGAGAUACAGAUCACUACAGUAGCAAGACAAAACAUAGGGAUGCUGCCUUCGAUAGAAGUACAUCCAAAGAUGGAAGAGAAAUGAGAAAAACAGAGAGAGCCAAUCAGUAUGAUAGGCCAAGAAGCAAUUCCAAAACAAAAACUGAUUUGCCUGCGAGAUACAAAGGAGUCUAUAAUGAAAAGUCUUCUCCAAACACGGAGAAAAAUGAAGACAAUUUGCCUCAGCAAUACAGACACUACAAUCGAAUUGAAAAUUCAGAUGAUACAAUGACAAACUCCAAUCAUAUUAAAUAUACUAAAGAAAAAAGCACAUUAAGAGAAAAUGAAAGAACCAUAGACUGUAAACGUAAGAGUAGAUCAAAGUCUCGCUCAGAGUCAAAAUCAAACCGACAGAGAUCAGCAUCCUCAAGUACUAGAUCAAAGUCUAGAACAAAAACAAACAACAAACAAACAAAAGAACUAAAGGCUGUUAAAAGAAAGCGUUCGACCAGUAGUGAAGAACCUCUAAAGAAAGUGAAAUCUAAAAGACAGAAAACCAAAAGCAAAGACAGUGGGUCAGAGAGCGGUAGUUCCGAUUCAUCUCCUGACAGAAGGAAAAAGAAAAGGAAGAAAAACAAGAAGGAAAAGAAAAGAAAAAAUAAGAAUAGUAAGAAAAAAAAAUCUAAGAAGAAAAAAUCAAAGCAAUUGAUGAAACAGUCAGAUAAAGCAGCGACACCAGGGGCAGCAGAAUCUAAUCCGCUUCAAGUAUCUGCAAAUACUGAAAGAAAAGCAAUGGCCCCAAUGACGAAAGAAGAGUGGGAAAAACAACAGAGUGUGGUCAAAAGAGUUUUUGACCCUGCAACUGGACGAACAAGACUAGUGAAAGGAGAUGGUGAGAUUAUAGAAGAAAUCGUCAGUAAAGAAAGGCACAAAGAAAUUUGCAAGCUUGCUACCCUUGGAGAUGGACUUUCAUAUCGAGCUGCAUUUGGACUGCAUAAAUACUGAUGACCAUGUUUACAGCAUUGCAGUCAUAUCUGCCAUAGAAUCUCAUGUCAAUUGCAAUGAUCCAAGAUGGGCUCUCAUUUCAAGCAAUAGGGUCCUACUAAUUAUUCCUGGGGACUGAUCGAGGAUGGCCGGGAUGGAAUGCGUCUGUCAGAGUCAAAAUACACAGUUGUUUACUGUGUUACAUCAAUAUUUGGACACCCGGGGCUAUUAACUACCGUUAAUGACUAUAAAAGUGGGCUAUACCUCGCUAUUAAUAUGAUUUGUCUUGUGAUUCCAUCACAAUUUUUAUGCCACUGUCAGGUGAGCACCAAGAAUAAUUAAAAAAAAAAGAAGAAGAAAAUUGUUAAUCUAUGAAUAAACAUGCAUCACUUUGUUGUUUAUAUAAUAAUUGGCUUACAACCU